AUGAGUCAGAAUGGUACGACACCUACUACAGAUGAAAAGCGUACAUCGAUCACUAUACCUACUCCUUUAUUUGUCCCGAUGAUGCCUAUGUUUUUUCCUUAUGGUAAUACUAAUGCAACUGGACAACAUUUUUUUGCUCCAGCUGUUUAUCCUAACGUUUCACCAUAUCCAUCAACUGGUAAUCAUCGUCAUGGAAAUGUUGGACUUGGUUAUAAUGCAUUUUACAAUCCAUUUUAUCCUACUUCAAAUAAUAUUUUAUCUCCAGCAACACAUAUCACUAAUUCAGCAGCAUUAAUUCCACCACGUCCAUUAAUGCCGACACCACUAUUAUCGUCACAACAACUACAGCAUUCAUCAAUAGGCUCUCCAACUAUUGGAAAUGAUGUUGAACGUAAUAAAAACUUGAAUAUUCGUGAAUGUCAAUCACCAAUUAUAGAUCAAACAAAACAAGCAAAAAAUCCAAUAGUGAUUGUUGAUGCAAAUUCUAAUAAUACAGAACCAAGAACACGUAAAAAUUCAUCAUCAGCAUCAUCAUUUAUAUCUCGUUCAGAAUCGGAUCAAAUUCCUUUUCCAUCUUCAUCUUCUGUUCAAGACAUUGACUAUGAUAAUUCACAAGACGAUUUUUUAACAUUUAUCGAACAGAAAACUAAAACGAAGACAAAAAUGCCAGAAUUAAAUCCAUUUGCUAAUGAAUUUUGUUUCGGUAAUAAUAAAAAUCUUACUACAGAUUCAUUAAUAAUAACAAAUGGUAUUGAUCAUAAUACAAAUAAUGAAAAUCAAUCAUCGUAUAGAUUAUUAUUUGAUAAUUUAAUUGAAAAAAGUCUUGAAUCUAUUGAAGCUAUUAAAAAAUCAAGAAAAAAAACUUCUGUUAAUGAUAUAUCUAUUCAAUGUAGUUCAAUAAAUGAUUCUAUUAAUCGUUCAACACAAACUAUGGAUCAUACCAAUAAUUUUGAUAUUAUUGAAGAAUAUAGUUUUCGUACAAUUAAAUUAAUGGAUAGAUUACUUGCAAAUUUUCGAAAUGUAUAUCAAAAUGAAGUUCAUGAUGAAUGCAAAAUAAUGGCUCAUACAUGUGAUGAAUUACGUCAUUUAAUUUUAUUUAUUCAUCAUACAAUAUCAACAUCACAUAAUGAUCAACAAAAAACCUCAUCAAUGGAUUUAGAUAAUCCAUUUAGUAGUAUGAUACAAGAUCUAGCACACGAUAUGAAAAAUAGUAAUAGAUAUCAAACAUUAUCACAACUUGCACAUAGUACCGGACGAGGUACACGUCGUCUAAUGACAUCAUCUAGUAACUCACCAAUACCAUCAUUUUCUUGUCGUCAAAUUGAUCAAACAACAAUAGCUCAAUCAAAAUUAUGUUUACUUUGUCAUAGACCUAUAGAUGAUAGUGAUGAUUUUAUGCAUACACUAUGUCGAUCGUUAGCAUCUUGUCCAAAUAUAUCCGCUGAUACAUAG